AUGAAACCCUUAGCUGAAUUCAAGGAAGGCACCGAAUCCCCUUCGGCUUGGGUUGCUGAACUUCAGCCUCAAUGGAAAGGUGACUGGGAUAAAGCCAAGGGUGACGAGGGUCUCGUUGCUCUCUACAAGCAACUCAAGAAGUCCAACAAUAUCAAGGAUAUUCGUACGAUGAUUGACGGCGAUGCCAAACUCUAUGGUGAGGACUGUGGCAAUACCGACCCGAAGGCAACGCCGAAGGACCCACCGACCACGGGUGAUGCGACGUUCUCACGUGGCAUCGUCCACGCUGGUCCGUGCGAGAUUUGGCUCGACGACGAGAUGGUGUUGCAGAACGACGAUUGCCAGAGCGCGUACGGUGAUGGCACGAAGAAAACCAUCUCGGUAUUUAAGCCGAUGGACUACUCGUCCUGUAAGUCCGGCGGGUGCAUGUUCCGAUUCUACUGGCUGGCACUGCAGCGUCGUGACCAAAAGACGCUCUGGCAAGUAUACAAGAAUUGUAUACCACUGUCCGGCCCUGCUGGUGGCGGCGGUGGCGGUAACUCGACUACCUCUGGGUCGAGCACGGCUCAGACUUCGCCGUCAAGCGGUGACUCGGAGUCCCCGUCCAGCGGAACGUCGGAUACCCCAUCGAGCGGUGACUCGGAGUCCCCGUCCAGCGGAACGUCGGAUACCCCAUCGAGCGGUGACUCGGAGUUUCCAUCCAGCGGUACAUCGGACACCCCGUCGAGCGGAACAUCGGAUUCCCCUUCCAGCGGCGAAUCGGAGUCGCCUUCUAGCGGUGAAUCGGACUCCACUUCGACCGAAACUACCCCGGCUCCGGAGACUCCAUCGAUCGAGACCCCCGCGACGCCACCGGCUUCGGACAGCAAGUGUUCCGUGCGUCGUAGACGCCAUUAA